AUGGUCGUCAACGACAUCGGGAUGCACGAAACCUUGGCGAUUGACGCGAUUUUCAGAGAAAACACUACGCUUUCGUUCACGGAUGUUCUCAAAUGCUCCUCACGUUGCUCAAUAUUUUCAUUAUUUUCCAAAUUUGUAGUUAUUUAG